AUCCGACUCGCCCCGUUGCCGGGCCUAGUUUCCUCUUUCCCUGCUUCGUCUUCCUCCUGCCGCCUCGCACGGUGCACGCGCAGCUCUUUGCUUGCCUUUUCUGAUCUCGGUUCGGCUGUCUCAAUAUAUAGCAAGAAUCCUCGCCCAGAGAGGCACAGGCAGCCCCCUCUCGAGAUGCGACGGCUUCGUAGCCGCAUGGCGAGCUAGUUCUUGCGAGACUACGAUUGCCUGCCGUUAGGCUGGCCUUGGUUUGGUGCCGUACUUUGGGAGCUCCGGCGAACCGCUGAGUUGGGGGCUGGGUGCUCCUCCUCUUCCUCCUCCCGAUGGGGGGUUGGAAUCGGCCGCGGCUGACGAGGAAACACCGCGACCGCCGCCCUUCGCGCCCUCCUCUUCCUCCGCCUGAUUACGGACAAAAUCACUGCUCAGUGCCAUUAUGGGAAAGGGAAUUUUGCAGCUAUGUUGGCGACAUUUCUUGGCAGAGGUUCUGUGAAAACAAGCAAUAUGUUUCGGUAUAUAAUAACCUUGAGCACUGGGAUGAUUCAGGAGCCUUUGAGAAUUAUCAGAAUGCAAAAGCAAGGUUCUGGGCUAAUUAUCAUGGUCAAGCUUCUGAUAUACCUUUGCCAGACCCUGAUAUGUAUAUUGAUAAAGUCAACCACUGGUGCAAAGUUGACCCUGAGGUGGUAGCUGACCUGGAUAAGGUACGACUACCAUUUGACUCUGAUAAUAAUUUAGCCCCAGCUGCUGGAUUGGCCAAUACCGGGGCAGAUAACAAGUGUACUCAGAACCGAUCUGGAAACUGGGAUAUCUAUAUAGAAAAGCCAGCUGAAGUCGAUAAGUGGGACUGGGAGGAUCAUUCAAGACCCAAUUUGAGUUGGGGAGUGAAGCAUGAAUCUUUCGAUAAAUGGGGUAAUAGCAACUCCGGUUGGGGUGAUGCUCUGGAUAACCCCAAUUGGCACAGUUCGAGCAACAACCAUUAUUCAUCGAAUAACAGGAAUAGCUUCCAUGGUGGAUCCAACAAUAGAUACCAGGAUCAAAGUAACAUGUCUGGCAGGAAACGGAACAAUGGCGGGUACUUACAGCACAAAAACAGUAGACAGAGGAACCAGGCUGAGGGCUACCAACGAAGUGGCUGGCAGGACCGUGGAGGAAGAGAUAAGGAAUGGCGUCCAUUGCACAACAGGGCUUGCCAAAAUGGUCAGGGAAUAGAAGGUGGCCUUUGAUUUCGUGGCGAAAUCGCGGAGAGUAUGAGACAUGAAUAGUUUCUAGCUUCUGUGUUAGAGCAGUGAAUGGGCUGCUGGCAAAGUGGUACUACCUGUAAAGAAAUAUUUUGCGUUUUCCUGUCUUUCAGAGAUGCCGUUCUGUUAUCGUAAAUGGGAGCGUGGCUGGUGCCAUUCCAAUACUGUAAAACCCAGAAAAAAUAUAUAAUAAUAUGACUUUUUAAA